AUGAGGAAGAAUACUGGACGCAAGUCGGCGAUGAAGACUACGAGCGCUCCCCACACGUCAUCUACCUCAACGUCCAAAGUGAAAAGACCUGGCAUCGGCAAAGCUGCUAUGAAGAGCCCGACGCCACUAUACGGCACCGAAUAUUCCUCGUCGUCCGAUGAUAUCUCAGACACUACAGACUCGGGCGGAGAGUCUAGUAGUCCUAUUUCGAUGAGCGAGCCAUCGUCGCACGACGAAGACGAGCUAGUCACCAAGCUCACACACAUGGACGUCAAGACCGGCUCAAACGCCCCAGGACCCUCACCCCAUGCUGGCAAGAUCGUAGAAUCCCUCAUCAAGAAAGCGCAUGAAAUUGGAAGCCGAGUCGGCGUGGAACCACCGCUCUACGAUGCUUAUAUGGUCAAUUUUUUCAAGUCGGAGUACGACUAUGAUCUCCAGGGGCCCGUCGAUACAUCUGAGAAACCUCGCGUCGUGCGUGUUCGGGGAGGAUGGCGGUGCCCGAUGUUUUGUGCGUACGAGGACGCGUACAAAGGCUGUGUGCUCUACGAUAUACCUUUGCCUAACAAUGCUAUACUGGGCCUACAUAUGUCACGGCAUCACCGUGAUCUUGAAGUUCAUUGGCGAAGUGUUGGGGCGAACAGAAUCCCUCAGAUGUUCAUCUAUCCCCGCUCAACUGAAUCGGAGAUAGAAUGUCUUACGACUUACUAUGAUGAAUCAGCGAUGGGCUAUGAUACGCUCCGUACUGGACUCAAGACCGAACCAAAGCCGGACCCCGAUCUCUCUGCAACGCCAGAGACCAUGCAGACCGACAGCAUCGCGUCGUCAUCUUUAUCUCCGGCUCGUACGAGCGUCACUCUAUCCACACCGGCUCCGUCCACGCCGAUCAAACGCGAACCUUCUCCCGCACCUGUACACCCCGAAAUCGUCGUAUCCCCCGUUCUACCCCCACCGCCAGUCCCUCGUUCCGCAAUCAAGCGCGAGCGUCUGACGGGCAUACCAUUGGACCCCUACAUCCAACCACCCUACCUCACAUCGCCUGUUCCAACUGAAGAUGGGGGAUUGAUCUACUAUUCUUGCCGCCCCGGUGGCCCGCGUAUCUACGACUACCUCCAGGUGCUAUCAUUGAAGCCAUACGGCCUUAUGCGUUGGCAAGUUGAAGAAACCGAGGCGCAUAUACUGGAGAGCGAGGGCUUGAGCGACGUUGGGAAGUGUAUGCAUUCGCUACACAAUCGUUGGGCAUUGUUGCACGAAGUUGAAAUGUACGUCGAUCCGGCAAAGUGCAUUGCAGAUUUCGUGCACACUUGGUGGCAUCACAUAUACAACAUGGUCGGGAUCAAAGUCUUGACGCAAUACCUCACUGACUUUCACCAUCUGAAGCUUAUUUCGGUGAGCCAAGCGGCCAAGAUCUGCGCGCAGUAUCGUCUCGACGUCAAAGCUGGGACGGCAGAGGACGGGUCUCUUCUCCCUCCGGACCAGGUUCAUCAGCAGGAUAUGCAGAUAGACUCCUGA